CCGCGACACGACACUCGUCUCCGAAGUUCAUUGUUUUUGACGAAUAUUGCUUAGUGAAUUUAUAGUGAUAUCGCAUAAAUGAUUAAAUAGUGCAAAGUUAACAAGUGAUCCGAUUUAGUUAUGCGGUAGCUUAGUGAAAAGUUUUAAGUUGAAAAUGUUGCCGAUGCGUAAAGUGGCCCAUAGAGCAUGUUUCAUCGUAAGCAGAACUGUCUAUAUGACAUGUUGUUGCGGAUGUUGUUCCGCUCUAAGGCCGCGAUACAAGCGGCUAGUGGACAACAUCUUUCCUGCCUCUCCCCAGGAUGGACUGGUUAAAUCCAAUAUGGAGAAGCUUACAUUCUACUCCCUCUCCAGCCCGGAGAAGCUGGACAGGAUCGGGGAGUACCUAUUCCAGAAGGCCUCCAGGGAUAUAUACAGGAGGCGUCAUGGUUUCGUAAUAAUCGCCAUGGAAGCGAUGGACCAAUUACUACUGGCGUGCCACUCGCAAACCCUCAAUCUAUUCGUCGAGAGCUUCCUCAAGAUGGUGCAGAAGCUUCUAGAAUCUACGGAUCCACAGUUACAGAUAUUGGCAACACAGAGCUUUGUCCGUUUCGCGAAUAUAGAAGAGGAUACCCCAUCUUACCAUCGUCGGUACGACUUCUUCGUGUCGAAGUUCUCCGCCAUGUGCCACAGCAACCACGGCGACAAGCCCACCAGGGAUAAGAUCAGACUCGCCGGGAUACAGGGCUUGCAGGGUGUGAUAAGAAAAACUGUGUCCGAUGAUCUUGUGGAAAAUAUCUGGGAAGCGCAACAUAUGGACAAAAUUGUACCGUCUUUGUUGUAUAAUAUGCAGUCAGUGCGUGUGUCGCGGCAGGUGGCGGAGAAGUACGAGACGGUGUCGUGUAUGGAGAGCGAGGGCCGCGACGGCGCGGAGGAGGACCCGACGCGGCUGGCGGAGGCCUGCCUGCGCGAGCUGGUCGGCAGGGCCUCCUUCGGGCAUAUCCGUAGUGUGCUGCGACCGGUGCUCACACAUUUCGACCGACACGAGCUAUGGGUGCCGAACGACUUCGCUGUCCACACUUUCAAGAUUAUCAUGUUCUCUAUACAGGCUCAGUACUCGUACAGCGUGGUGGAGGCGUUAAUGCAGCACUUGGACGCGGGCCCCGGCGGCGGCGCGCGCACGCUGGUGCGGGCAGCACGCGCCUCCGUCCUCAGCAACAUCGUCGCUAUCGCAGCUGCUGAUAGCGUUGGACCAUCAGUGUUGGAAAUCAUCAAUAAUCUUCUAACCAACUUGAGGGCUUCUGUGGCUAGAGAUUCUGAGAAAGAGAGCGAAGAGAAGCUGUACCAGGAUGCGCUGAUCAACGCGCUGGGAGAGUUCGCGGACCACCUGCCCGACUUCCAGAAGAUAGACAUCAUGAUGUUCAUCGUCAGCAAGAUCCCGAGCGGCCAGCGCGCCGGCAAGACAGCCAAGCCCGACCUGAUGCUGCACAGCAUACUGCUCAAGUCACUCCUCAAGGUUGGAACCACAUAUAAAACAACAGAAUUAAGCAAGGCUUUCCCAGCUGCGUUCUUAGAAGCGUUACUGCGUUUAUCGAGUGCAGGAGAGCCUUGCACCCGAGCCUUACUGCAGCGCAUCCUGCACACGCUGCUCGACAGGCGUGGAAACGCUGCUUUACUCGCUGUACCCACUGUGGAUUAUGCGGAACUAGGCCUGACCGUGGAGAAAUGUUCCCGACCUGAUCUGAUCUUCAUCAGCAAGCAUGGAUAUGCCAUCUUCAGCUCCUUAUAUGAUGGUCUCCAGUUAGAGUCGAACACGGUGGAGAAUGUGGAGGCUAUCUACACCACAUUGUCUUUACUCUGCGUGGAGCUGGCGGCGGAGGAGACGGUGCCGGAUAUGCUGCAGCUGAUACUGGCUAUCCAGCAGUCAGCAUUAAACAACCCAGUGUUGUCAACCGCACAGCAAUGCCGGCUGCACGCGGUAGCAUUGUCACUAUGCGCUUUACCAGCGCAUGUGUUAGUGUUGCCAGCACUCAAAGACUACGUAUCCAAGAUAGUAGAAGCUCGCCGCGAGGAGGCUCCUCAUCUUCUGCCCCCACUUCUAGAAGAUUAUGACAACUUAUCGCCAUCGAAAAUGCCUUCCAAGAUGCCGUACCUGAUGAUUGACCAGUUGGCGCUGUGUGCAGCACAAGGUCGCGACAGCCUCGCGGACAUCGCUGCCGGCCCCUCUGAGCUUGAUAGUGCUAACAGCUCGCCCGGCGUUACUCGCUAUGUUCAAUGCGACGCACUCGAUGAAGAGUACAGAUCGUUCGUGGAGAAAUACAACAGAAAUCCGAGGACUGUGAUGUUGAAAUUCGGCGUAUAUCGUACAGAUAACGAGUUUUGGAACUGGGGUCAAGAUAUGACCACAAAUUUGUAUCCCAAUCUCAACAAGGAUAUAUCACAAUUGCAUACGACGCAGUCGGACAGCGUGAGCCUAGAGGCAUUACGCCGAGCUGCCAACGGGCCCAGCGAGGCUGAGAAGCGGGAAGCUGAACGGAAGAAGGCUUCACUUAACAACACAUUCAGGACCGCGCCAUUUGAUUACUUGCUGCAUCUCACACAGCCAAAGUACGAGAUCCAGGACAAGCUGCAGGAGAUAUUCUCGUCGCUGUCGCAGGAGCCGCUGCUGGCGGGCGGCUCGCCCAGCGCCAAGCUUCGCCGCGACCACCACCACGCGCUGCCAGACCUCUUCCUCUGCUAAACUCUGCUUAUUCACAGAUGUCAGAGGGCGCUGCAAUUUAGCUUUAACACACUAACAGCUAUUGUAUAAUCUUAUAAUGUUUAACUAUUUCAUGUAUUAACCAAGCUUCCAUGACCUAAACUGUUUCGAGUCUCAUAUAAGCUUCCACUGUCGACACUUGUAUACAAACGUCCUGUUUUAGGACAAGUGUCAUGUCAGUGGUAUCACGGUGAGUCCGUUGACUCAAUAUAUCGAUUAUUAUAGCAAUAACUGUUUAAAAUAUCGUUAAAAAUGUAUGUUGAAUUACGUAGUAUGGAAUGUGUUAGUAUUAAUGUGGGUAUCCAGUUGACACUUGUAUACAAUUUAAUCUCGUGGCUGUUAUUGUUUUUGAAUUAACAGAAUAACGAUAUAUGUCGAAUUUAAUAGAAUAGAGAAAUUAUAAUCUAUCUAAAAAUACUUUUAUAAGGCUGUCUAGACUUAUUUAAAACAAAACUUCUUAGUCAUCAAUUUAAA